CGGCAUCUGCUCGGGCGUUUUCCUUCCGGGCCCCGCACCAUGGCGGCCAUGUUUCCAAAAGGCGGAAGUGGGGAGGCGGCGGCCACGUCUGGGCGUGCUCCCGCGUUCUGUCACGCUAAGUCACCUCGUCCCUGUGGUGUUUAUGUGCCAUUCCCGGAGGUCUUGCUUGGGAGGCAGGAGCCAUAGCCCUCCUUACUGCAGAAACCCAGCCAUAGACUUCAGUUUGACCCGCUAAUAACUUUCCUAAAGCCUUUGGAUCCUGAGGGCGUGACAAGGGGCAGAGUCCGUGGGCGUCCUGAAGCUGUUGCCUAGUAACGCCGAAGCCAACGUUUUGAGGCGGGUGGGGCGGUGGGAAGGAGUUGGCGCUGGCCCACUCCUAAAAGAGACCUCAUGGCAGACUCCCGGGAGGUGCAUCCUGGCGAGAAAGCUAAAGCCAAGGAUGUCUUGGAGCCUGGCCAGACCAUCUCAUACAACAUCCCAAAACCACGGGUGAUUCCAGUCCCAAGGGGUACUCUGCAGCACAUAUUUGGGACCAGCCAGGUGUUCCAGGCCAUCGAUGAUGUAAAACCAAAGGUCUCGGGAUUAAUGGUGCCUCUCAAAGUCAGAGAGUAUUACCACAGAGGCCAGGGAUGCCUGGAGCAAGAGGACUGGGAGACAGCUGUGGUUUUCUUCUCCCGAGCCCUCCACUUGGACCCAGGACUGGUAGACUUCUAUGCCUUGCGGGCAGAGGCCUUCAUCCAGCUCUGCGACUUCUCUUCAGCUGUCCAGAACCUGCGCAGGGCCUACUCUGCCCAGCCAGAGAACAUGAAGCACCUGGAGCGACUCACCUUCGUGCUUUACCUGCAGGGCCAGUGCCUGUAUGAACACUGCAAUUUCGAGGAUGCCCUGACGGUCUUCUUGCAGGCCUUGGAGCUCCAGCCUGAAAAGCCCUGCUUCCGGUACCGGAGCAUAGCCUGCCUCCUGGCCCUCCAACGCCAUCACGACUGCCUGUCAUUCAUCACCAAGGAGCUGAGGCAAGGUGCUCCCAAUGCCGACCUCUAUAUCCUCCGCGCCAGGAUCUACAACCUCUUUCAGAUGCCCAACUUCUGCUAUCGAGACCUGUGCAGCGCCUUGCGGCUGGAUUCCAGGCACCCCCAGGCCAGGGUGCUGCUCCAGAUGAUGGUGGACCAGGCUGAACAGGCCCGCCAGGACGCCGGGACCCUGGCCAUCCAAGGCAGGUUGCAACAUGCGCUGCAGCGCAUCAACUGUGCCAUCGACAACAACCCCCUGGACCCCCGUCUCUUCCUCUUCCGGGGCACCAUGUACCGAAGGCUACAGGAGUUUAACGCAGCCGUGGAGGACUUCCUGAGGGCUCUGGACAUUUUGGCUGACCGCCCGAGUGACACAGUGCAGCAGACACAGCGCCAGCUGCUGCUGACUUACAACGACUUCGCUGUGCACUGCUACAAACAGGGCGCCUACGAGGAGGGCGUGCAGCUGCUCAACAAGGCGCUGAGGGAGGAGCAAAGCGAGAAGGGGCUCUAUAUUAACCGUGGCGAUUGCUUCCACCAGCUGGGUCACCUGGCCUUUGCGGAGGCCGACUACAGCCAGGCCCUGGCUUUGAACCCACAGGACCAGGGCGCCCACAUGCGCAUGUGCAUUCUGCAGGAGAGGAUGGGCCUCCGAGAGCUGAAUUGCCGGCAGUUCCAGAAGGCGGAGGAGCACUUCUCAACGGCCAUUUGGCACAACCCCUGGAGGGCCCAGUGCUAUCUGUACCGGGCGAAGAACCGCCACAUCCUGCAGGACACCUUUGGUGCCCGCCAGGAUGUCAUUACCGUGCUGCUCCUGAACCCCAAGCAACCAAAGCUUCUCUCGCUGAUGGCCAGCCUCUUUCCGGGCAUGUCGGUGGAGGAGGUGCUUAGCAGCCAGAUGGGCCACCUGGCCAAGCUGCAGCUGGAGCAGCUGCAGCUGAAGAGAGACCCACAGGUCAAGAUCCCGCAAGGCAUUGUGGGGUGAUUCUAGAGCAAGGGCCACAGGGCAGUGGUGGGUGGCUGUGGCUCAAUUCUGAGGGCCCCACUGCCUAGUCCUUGGUGGCAGGUGGAAUCCAGGAGACCAACUCAGGGCUGUGGUGCCAUGGCUUGGUGCUUACUCAGGUUGCGGGAGCUCGAACGCAAGAAGGCCCAGGCCCUGCAGCUCUCCUGGAAGCACAAAUGGCCUUCCUCUGAGACCCCCAGACAGCCAGAACCUACUUCCCAGAUGCUACAGAUGUCCCCUGAAGACUCAGGGGAAGACACUGAGGCCUUCAAGGGGCAGAAAGCAGAGGAAGAGACAGAAGAGCUGGUAGAUAGCGAGGAAGCCCGUGUCCAAAGGAGACACCACAUAACAGGGGCGACUGCAGGACCAGCAUCCUCUACAGCAUGGAGUGAGGACAAACUGGAGCUCACCCUUUCCAAGGUGACAUCCCCAUUGGACAGCUACCUCGGCCAUGCCUCCACAGUCUCCAUCCUUGGCUUCAGGACGUCGUCCACCUCCAAGACAGAGACAUCCACAUCUGACCAGGAGUACAGAAGUAGCUCCACCACCCCCGGGAUGCACUCUGACUCCUCACUGCUAAAGUCCUCAGACUCUGGGAACAAGAAGGAAGUCCUACCCCUGAGCCAUCAGCCCAGGAAAUCCGUGGCUUCCCAGGCUCAGAAGCAGGGCUUCCCAAAGGCCACCCAAAGCCAGGACUCCAGCGAGACUGAGGCUGCCCAGGUUCAAAGACAGAAGCCCAGCAAGACCAAGGCCACCCAGGGCCCAAGGCAGAGAUUCAGAAAGACCAAGGCUGCUCACAACCAGACCUGGGGACAAUCCCAGGGUUCCAAUGAGACCAAGUCUAAGGUUUUCCAGGACCCAAGUGGGAACCUCAACAAUACCAAAGCCAGCUGGGGCCAGAGCUCAAUGCCCAGUGAGACUGAGGCUGCCCUGGGCCCAGGUCAGGGCAUGAGCUCUAGUUUCAAGACUGAUGCCUCGAGGGGCCUGGGCCAAAGCGUCAAGAGGACCAAGACUGGCCGGAGCCCUGACCAUCAUCCUGUACUCCAAAGGCCCGAGUAAGGCCCCUG